AUGAGGAAGAUGAGGGGAUUCAAGUUGGGGAAGCGGUUUUUCCGGGUUGCGAAUUGGAUCUUCGGCAAUAGGCGGAGAAAUCGUUCUCCCUACGGGCGGCUGAUCUCGGAAGAUGGCAGGUCGAAGCCGAUUAACAAGCUCGUCCACUGGGGUCGCCGAUUGACCACCGGAGCCAAAUCGCUUUGUUUGGCAAAAUUCGGUUACCUGCGGGUGGAGCAUGAGGCGUUGUGUGGGAAAGCAGCGGCGGUGCCGAAGGGGCAUCUGGCAUUCUUUGUGGGGGGGGGGGGGGAAGGACGGCAGCGACUGUCACAGAGUGUUGGUGCCAGUGAUUUACGUGAACCACCCUCUGUUCGGCAAUCUGCUGAGGGACACGAAGGAAUAGUACGGGUUCGACCAGGAAGGCGGGAUCACGAUUCCUUGCCCUUCGCCGAGUUUGAACAGCCAGGACCCGGAUUGAUGCCGUUUUCGGCGCUGGCCGGCGGCAGCCCAAGUUGCACAGGUUGA